AAAAUGGAAGCAGAAAAAACGCUUGAAAAGUAACAGUUUUAAUAAGGUAGUUAAUUUCUCGUUAAGUAGACAAAUUACAUAAUUAUUUUUGAUUUUCUUAGUCAAGAAAAAGUUUUGGAGUAUUAUACUUAAACAAUGGAUUUCACAACCAUAGUAAGCCAAGAAUCUGGAGCUAAUGCUUCCCAGUUUUGUAAAGCAGUGAAUAUUUGGUUGCAUAAUCCUCAGAUUGUGAACCGUAAGAUUCUUGCUUCGAGUGAAAUAUUGGAUAUCGAAGUUAGUUGCGAUAUUUUGGAAUUUUUUAAACGUAUCGACGCUUUAGAUAUUUCAAUGGUAACGACAGAAGAUCAGAGAGACGAUAUCAAUAGCGCAAAAUUGUUAAACGUAUUGCGUAUCUCUGACGAAUCGUCCAAUACACAGCGUAACAGGAACAUUCGAUUAUACGUGACAAAACAGUUGCCACGUAUGCCUCAUAUAUUUUCUGCUGGUAUCGAGUUUCUGCUGUUGGAAAAACAGAAAAAUUGUAUCAUAAAUAUUCAUAAACCUUUCGUUACGGACAAACGAUCCCUUGGGCCUAGAAUGGCGUACAUGAUACAACAAGAAGCGGAUAAGUUUACGUCCCUUGGUGUGUACAAAUUACAAAACGUUAUACACGAACAGUCGAGUAUAGAAUGGUUAGAGAAGAAGCUCUUUCCAUGUAUAUUGAGGUGGAUGAGAAACGAAUCGAGAACCGCGUCGACACUGUCUUCGUUAAAUUUCGUAUCGACUGAAAAAUAUGCCAGAUUGUAUUGUAAAUUGAAAGAGAAGCACGGUAUGAAAUUAAUAAACAAUUGGCCGGAAAAUACAGAUCCGCUGAAAUUCGUUUACGAAGAUAUCGCUAUAGCUACCUAUCUGUUGUUGCUUUGGGAGAAAGAGAGGACAGAGAAAGGAACGAGUGAUUUACAAUCGUUCCUCGAUCUAGGAUGUGGCAACGGUUUACUCGUGUAUAUUUUAUUCAAUGAGGGUUAUCGCGGACUGGGGAUCGAUUUACGACGGAGGAAAAUUUGGGAUUUGUAUCCGUCUGAAACACCAUUGCAGGUUUGUACCGUGAUUCCGUCCUCCACGACGGUGUACACAGGAGUCGAUUGGAUCAUUGGAAAUCAUUCGGACGAAUUGACACCAUGGAUCCCUGUAAUCGCAGCGCGAAGUUCUGCCGACUGUCGUUUCUUUUUAUUACCUUGUUGUCCGUACGAACUGAACGGCACCAAGUAUCAGAGAUGUUGCGCUUCGAAAAGUCAGUACUCAGAAUACAUUGAAUAUAUUAAAAAUCUAAGCAACGAAUGUGGUUUCGAGACGCAUCUCGACAAAUUAAGAAUCCCAUCUACUAAACGUAUCUGUUUGAUCGGUUGGAAAAGGGUAGAGGAAGAGAGAAAAACGAGAGAAGAACGCAUUCAACGAAUAAUAAGCGCGAAGACGACACUGACGCAAACUAAAAAGCAGAAAGAGGAUGAUGUUGGUGAAUGGACGUGUGACUUUAAACCGAGAGACACUGUAGAAAAAAGUAGAAGAUCUGAGGGAAACGAAACGAAGACUGGAACAGGAUUUGAACCUACGACACCUUUGCCAUUAUAACCAAGCCCUCUAUGAGACUUCGCUACGGAAAUACCUAUCAAUGGAAUUUUAUUUUUUCUCUACUUCCUCAUUCUAAUCUCUUACUUUCUGAUAGAAGACAUUUUUCUGAGUACUAGAAAAAAUUUUCACUAAACAAAGAAAGGGAUAUCGUUUCUUUUAUUCGUUUGCUCGGCUCGAUAGAUAUUAUAUUUAUAACUAAAAAGUAAACGCGAUAGAAAACGGGGCGAUGUUACGUAAGGAAACACAAUAUGUAAACCGUGUAUCGAUAGAUCGACAUUAGCAAUCGCGUUUGGUAACGUUCGAUUCACGUGGAAACGGAAACCGAUACAAAUUUGAUAAAUGGAUUAAACGCGUAUCAUUGUUAUCGCUCGAAAUGUUUAAUCGAACUCACAAAUCACUGUAAAAAGAAAACUCACUGCGUUCAUUUUCUCGAAGGUGAUUCUAGAAAUAUAUAUAUAUAUAUAUUUUUUCCUUUUAUUUAAAUCGGCACACGGAGGUAUCUGUUUUAUAGUAAAUUUUAAUCGCAUCUAAGAACACGCCACGACAAUUUCAAAGAGCGUCCUUUGAGCGUCGCAAAGCAAUCUUCCCGAGAUUUCUCGAUAUUGUCCUGGUUAAACGUUUUGCUUCCUCUCAUUGAAACGUUCUUAAUCUUUCCGCUUUAUUUUUAGAACCUCUAAGAACUGCACUUCACUCGAUAAUUUCCUUCCUCUAUUUCUGAACUGUUUUUCCCUUUCAUUUUCUUCCCAUUCAAUUAUCAUUCGCCAAGAUAAUUUAUUAUUUUAACCUAUGACUUUAUACGUAUACGUAUGUAUUUAAAAACCUCUUUCCUUGUUUACACUUUCAUGGGGGUAGAGAUUUCCAGUAACGAACAAUAAAAAUAAAUUUUCGCGCCCUUUCUACUGCAGGUUCUCGAUCAAUUCGAUGUAUCGAUCGCACGUGACUCGAAAAUGUCGUGCGACCAAUGAAAAUCAAGAGAAUCGCGAACGACAUAAAUAAUGGUGGCGUGAUAGCAGUUCUUUCGAUGAAUCACAACGAAUCGGGUAGACAAGCAAUAUUCCUUGUUUUAUCGCGAAAUAUACUCUAUAAAAAACGAGUAUUCACGGUCCAAUCCAUGGGGAAAAAGUUCAACCAUUGCAAUUGCUCCAUCAAUCGACGUGAGAAUUAAUUGCACUCGAUGUAGGUAUUGAGCAGAAUUCGUGUGUACUAAUUGUAAGUAGAAAUCGUAAUAUAUUUAAAUAGAAAAAAAAAAGUUGCUACAAAAAAUAUAUUUCGAAAAAUUUUGACAUUAUGCACGACUCCUAAGAUUAAAAAAUACAUAUUUAUAUACAUGUUUAUAUGUAUAAUGGAACAUUCGAUUGGAAUGCAAGCCCUAAAACCGUUAUAGACAAAUGCGGCAAAACAUUAAAAAUUGCUCGAUGUAAUUGUCGCUUAAUUAAACGUGUUUUCUAUUUGUUGAAAUCCGAUGUGCGAUAGUGGGUUAAGCAGUUAUCGGCCACAUAGCGGUAUACGACAGUAUAAAUAUCACAAUUAAUUGACCACUUGACUGAUGAAAGUGUCAGGGUUCAAAAGCUUUAGAUUCACUUUUGUCGUUAAGCGUCUCCGCUUAACGCUUGGCUCGUUGUACAAAAAACUUGCAGAAUCUGCAAUUUCUCACCGAGCCUGAUAACAUUUCUCGCGAUGCUAGAUAGGCUUCUAUCUACGUAUCAACGCAAAUUCGAAAAAAUAGCUACCCUUUAGAUGUCUUCUAACCAUCGUAAAGCUUUGUGAACUCUCUAACAAUAUAUCUUUCAAGUAACUUGUUCGUCAGGGUAAACUAAUCUCAUAUCGUAUAAAACAAAGUAAAAAAUUAAUAUAAACCCGCCUUACAGAGCGUCAUUAUUAGGUAUGCUCGAUACCGCGCUAACCUUCAACUCUUCGUUCUCAUAACCUCUGGCUAUACGUUCAAUUAUAAAAAGGUAUUAAUAUUGCUGAAGUUAAUUAGCAAACUUGAAAGUUUAAAAAAAAAACAAAAACAAAAAAAAAAGAAAAGAAUG